GAAGCUGCCAUAAAAUCGUGUGAAAUUUGGAUAUGUUUGCAGCAUUAAUUAUUUUGCUUUGUUUAUCUGACUUCCAUACAGCAGAUUUGGAGAAAUCAGUACACUGCUGCCUGUUAAGAUUCAGCAAAGAAAUGAAAAGGAGUUUAGCUGACACCUCGGCUCGCAGUACAGCAGGUUGUCUGCCUGUACCACUGUUCAAUCAGAAAAAAAGAACUAGACAGCCCCUCACUUCAAAUCCACUUAAAAAUGAGUCAGGUACUGGUUCUGGGACUCAUAGUUAUGACUUCUCUCCCUCAUCAUUCGGCUGGGGAACUGCAAACCCAGAAGUGGAUGAACUGCAGAAAGCAGCAAGCAGUGGCCAAGCAGAACAUCCGAUGGCUCCUUCCCUUAUGAAACCACCAAAUGCAUCAAAGUUUAAUUUCGCAAAUGCUGGGAAAAACGUGUCUGCCUGCAGGAACAGAAAUGAAUAUACUCCUUUAGGUAAGACAGCAAACCCAAGAUCUGCUGAUGGAACUUCUCAGAAGUUUGAGAACUUUUCAAGCAGUUUGAAAACUGCCCAGCAGCAAAACCACCCUGACAGUCGUAACCCAUCCCAGCUCAUCAAAACAGACACAUCCAAAGGACAGUGGCCAGUGAAACCCAACACUGUGGCAAGAAGUCUCCAGGAUCAUAAUCCAGCGUAUAAAUUUAACUACAACAAUCAGCAAAAUAAAAUGAAUGAAAACCAAUUGGGUUGUGUCCCAGAAGAUAAAAGUCAGGAAAUUUCAUCAUCUCAAGUGAAAACUAAAAUGAACAAGAAUUCUUUGCGAAUCCUGUCUGCAGUCAUUCAAGGUGUGAGGCACUGGAGCCAAUAUACCUAUAAAACUGCACUGUUAUUUGAAGUUUUAGGCACACUGGAUUCUGCAGUCACACCUGGAGCAUAUGGGGCAAAGAACUUUCUUCUGAGAGAUGGAAAGGAGACCCUGCCUUGCGUGUUUUAUGAAAUUGUGUUUGGUAUUGCUGGGUUCCCUCUGCAGUAACUCACAGCCACUGCUGCUGGCAGCCCAAGACAAGGCCGAGCCCAUUGGUUCAGCAGUAAGUCAUAUUUCAUUUCUUCUUUCUAUUCCCAAACAGUUACAGUCUCAUCCUCUUUGCUUCCCUGGUGUCCUACAGCCAGAUGGUAAAUGGCACUUUCUCCUCUGAAGGCUUUGCCAGCCAAGGCCUGGUUUUAUUUUUAAAAAGUAGGUUUCUGAAUUGGUUGCUUUCUAAAUAACUUUAAUAGGAAUAAGGUAUUAUUUGAAAGGAGGACACUUCUCUUUAGGGAAAACAGGGCUUUUUGUAGGAAAAAAUUGUAAAUUGUUGGUGAAAAUACUGAACCAAUGACACUUCUAGUUUGGAAAAAUAGCAUUUUCUGCUAUUUUAAAAUUAAUAAUAUAUAACUCUUUGUCAUUGCAAUGGUUUAUUCAUUUCAAUAAGCCCCUGUACAACUGUUUAAUUAUUUAAAUCUCUCACACCAUUUUCAAGUUGAUUUCAAACCAAAGCAGAGCAAUGCAGUUCUCUGGAGUGUGUGCAGAGGGCACCAAUGUACAACACUCUUAGAUACCAUGACAAAAAAGGCCGUUUCCAUUCCCCUUCUUUUGGCAAGACUGAUGGAGUUUCCAACCUCUGAAACACAAUAAUUGAAUAGGUUUCUGUAUUGUGAAGCAGGAAUGUUUAAACUGGACUAAGCUUAUGCUUAUCUUGCAUACUAAUGUUGAAAUGGAUGGAAAUGCAAAGGUGGCUCACAAACAGAGAGAACAAAAAAAAACCUGGUUUAUUUUACUGUGUUUGUUAAUAAGUUGAGGUGAUGUGUAGUAGUGAAAUAUGCUGUGUGCAUGAAUUCUCUUCCUGAAAUUACCUGCUGUAAGAAGAUUAGUUUGUCUUAGAAAUUUAAUUUGCUUACUUUAGGAGUGUAUUAUAUUCCUGAUACCUGUGACAAUGAUGGAUUAAUUGCAAGCUUGUGGGACAUAUCAGAUAAUCACUGGAAUUAGGGUUGAAUCAUAGGCAAGCAAGGGUAUUAUUCCAACCCUGUUACAGAUUGUCACAGUCUUAUGUCUUCUUGGAAGAUUUUUAUUGACAGAGCUUAAUCUACCAAAGCAAUUUUCACUCAUCUCAUCAAGAAGUUUCCUCUUAUAUAUAAUCCAUUACCUCCUUUAUUAAACCUGGCAGUUCUUCAUAUGCACAAUCAGUUGACUUGGAAUAACACAUUUCCUCUCAGGUUCAUACAUUUUAUUCACCUAAUAACUUUAUUAGCUGCUCUCCAGCUUUUCAUUACUUACAUGAUCUUAAAUGAGAAAGCAGGUGCUGAUCCAAAGCCACAGACAGCUUAACACCAAGCAGAAAUCUAACAGGGAAAACCUGGCAGCCAAACACAGCCAGAGAUCUUCAAAAAAAUCACCUCUUGUCCUACUGCCCUGCCUGGCCUGCUCUCAGUCCUUCCCAGCACUCUUCACAAGCAAAUAUUUUUGUAGCAUGGCUGAAGGGUUUCUACAUUUGGGGUAUUUUGGAUAAAUUUCCUUCUACAAAGAGGAGGUACCUAUGUUUCUCUUCCAUAUCUAUCCCUUGAAGACAGUGCUAAGUAAGAUCCAAGGUUUUUGUCAGUAAUAGCUGCACAUCAGUGUACAAAUAGAAACGAGAUGGAAUUCUGAGCUUAUCUGAAAAUUAGUGUUUUCCUUUGACUACUUCAGGAGGAGGAAUUGCCCAGAGUAAUUUGGGGAGAGCUGAAAUAGAUCCAAAAUCAGCAGGCAUCAUUUUAAAUGCCUAUUACAUAUAAAUAAAACAAACAGGAAAGUGACCUCUCAAAGAUAAGAGAAACCAGACUAAAAUCCUACUGUUAUAACAGCUGAACUUUGGAGGUGAGGCAAGCAGGGACACUCUUAAAUGCCAUUCUGCUCUGCUGAACUCGUGGCAGGUGCAUGUCAGGUACCUGGAGUUCAGACUCUUGGAAGCAGCCCUAGCAAUUAUUCCCUCCAAGGAAACCAAAAGGAAGAGCAGGAAAAAGGGAUAAUAAUGCCCAUAUACUUGGUAUAAAGAUGUAGCUGCCUUCCUUUGUAACUGAAUAAAGAGCUGGAACUCCUAAUAAUGGCCCAGCCACUUCUAACAUAUCACACUUUAGCUCUUCUUUGUAAAGAAUUAUUCCAAUGGCAUCAUUUCAGUCAAACAUGUUGUGAUUUGAGGAGCUUCUAUCAGUGCUGGACUGGUGCCAAAGGAGUAGAUUACAGCAGUUCCUUUUCUGGCUUUUCUAAAUGGUGCAACUCACAAGUUAGCACUUAGCAGCUGUAAUAUAAGUGUAGUUAUAACAAGAGCUGUGUAGCUUGUCAAACCCCUUUGUAGCUAACAAAGGGAAUGGGUUCGUUUCUACAAUGUCUCCAAACUCUGUGUUUAAGGAAAUGCUGAGUCUGUGACUCCAGCUCACAAGCUAAGGAGCUGCAUCAGAUAUAGUAGCUUGUAUUUUUAUGUAUGUACAUACAUGCAAAAUUAUGGGGAAAUAUGUGUAUAUCAAACACUGGGAAUGCUUUCCAUUUCAGUUUAUUUGGAUUUAGCUGAGGUAGAGUAGGAACAUGUUAUUUUAAAUAAAGCUAGCACUGAAGCGAGGGUGUCCAUGCACCUUUUUUACACAAAUAUUUUUAGUGCCACUAAAAUACCCCACUCAGGUUCUGUUGGGACAACCCCCUCAUUCUACAAAUAGCCUGUUCCAGAAAUGUCUAACAAUUGUGGGAAUAGCUGAAUCUACCUUACUUAUUAACUGCAGGGAGUGGAAUCUGACUAUCCAGACUUUGGAAAAGAAAUUCUCUGAAGCCAUCACAGAGGUAAUUGGGCUUGGUAAUUACUGCAUUAGCUGCAAGUUUAUUAAGUGCCACAAAAGGAAAUGCCAUCCUGGUGACCUUUGAGGCUGCAUUUCACAGCAUGUUUUCUACAUGAGAACAAAUGAUGAAACUUGACUAUUUCUGCCAAGUGAGUGGUAGCUAUGGUGAAGAUUUAUAGCUGUAAUCUGGUAAUCUAUGGGCCUAAUGAUACAGUUAUGGAGCUCGUGUCAUUGACUCAAAAAGCCUGAAAUGAUCUAGCACUGUGUGGACUAUGGUGAAGGAGUGCAUUUUGUCAUCUGCAAGGUUAGGAGAAAUACAGCCUCUUUAGCAGACUGUAAAAGAGAGACAAGAGCUAAUGUUUCUCAAAAUAGCAGCCUGUUACACGAAAUUUUACAAGAGUCAGAGAGCUAAGAAAUGGGGACUGUCAGAUUGGAAACCAUUAUGAUUUUCCUCUUUUGUGCUGCUUCAAUAAUUACACAGAUUUUCUAUUUUUAUUUUUUGAAAUUAUUUAAGUCAUGCUCACUUCAUCUCUCUCAGAGCAGCAAACACAGAAGCAGACUAAUAAUGUAAUAUUGACAUAUUUAAGUGUUGGAUUCUUUAGCUGAGAGCAGCAUGUUCAGAAUGUAUCAUGCCUGUAAUGUGCCUCUGUUCCCUUAUCUUUGUGUCACAUUUUAUUCAACAGGCAAGAAGUGCUAAUAAAAAGUGCAUAUUUCAGUUGUUCUAUUUUAGGUAAACAUAACAUGGUACACAUUUUCUAAGCAAUGCACAUUUCUACAAAUAGAAAUCAGGGUGGCAAACGCUUUGCUUCUCUUCUUAAUUAACCUAGCCUUGCCAAAACUGCUGUGUUCUUCAGCAUGAGCAAGGAAUGAAACUGAUGACUGAAAAUUUAAAUUAAAUGCUUUUUCUUGUGAUCUUUUGGCUGAGAACAAGAGCAGCUUCCACCUACCAUCUGAUGCAUACCCUAGCAAAAGAACCAGUGUCAGCCUGGGUCCACGUGCAGCUGCAGGGAGUGAGGGAACAGCCACAUUUAUAUUGCCUUUGCUUUGGAGCCAGCUCACCUGGGAAGGGGAGAUGCUGCCCAGCCUGCAGCAGGUCUUGGCUCCUGCUCUGCCUGUCAAAUCCAAGUUCUUAAAUAGCCAUUUAGAGCAGGGGCUGAGGUCCAAAAGACAGGCAGUGAUGUGUAGAUCACCUGAAAUGUCGUGAUUCCGCAUGACACAUUUGCUCCCGUCUCCUCCCCACCUGCUCAGCCCACAGGUCUGCUUUAAAUCAAUCUUUUCACCUCUCCCAAGGCUCACAAUUUAAGCAGAGCAGAAGCUGACGAAAACAGAUUUAUAAUGAAGCUGGUGGCCAUUAAAUACCAGCCUUCCACCAGAGGUGACCUUAUUGUAAAGCGUUGUACAGUGAAUUUAUUUUGACUUUGCCCAUUCUCUACCUCAUCUUGCACACUGGCAGCCAAGGCAGUGGUGGUGGGAGGUCUGAGAAUAAUGCCCACGUCUCCCUUCAUUACAGCUGCACUUCACAUCCCAGCAGCCUCCAAGCCUCAGGGAUAUCACAUUCAUUACCUCUUUCAGAGACAUGUAUUUUACAUAUGUGGCUGAAAGGUGAUUAGAAUCCUUGACACAACAGUGUUUUAUCUGGAAUGCAACCAUGAAAAAUACAUGCCUGAAACAAAAAAGACAUCCUACAUCCUUCUCCUAAUUGAUUUAAGCUACAAAGACCAGCUGCAGUUUUCCCAGGGCACAGGAACUACCAGGAAGACACAAAUUGCAUGUUUUCAAAUCUCCUCAUAAAAAACUGCUUGACAGGGGGUUGAAAGCAGACUUUUCUGUUUCUCAGAUGUCCUAGUCCUGUGAAUGUCAUCAGUCAGCAGAAGCUUAUGUGCCACCACCUGAUCAUAAAGAACAGUUCUGUAACAACCCUCAUUUCAUGCUGCUGAGUCCAGCCCACCAUAAAUCAGCCACACCACGAGUAAUGUUGGAAAUAAUUGUCUGCUCCAGAGCUCCUCUCUCCCAGCCCAGGUGCCACACAGCUGUAGCCACAUGCAGCCCUGUCCUGCUGAAGUGGGUUAGAGCAGCACCUCCAGCAGUGAGGCUCCCUGAGUGCUUGGAAGAUCUUUAAUGCUGCACACUGGAACUGUGCAGGUGUACCCUUUCAGUGGUUUUAAAAACGUUAUAAAUGGAGUCAGCUCUGGCUUGAACCAGAUGCUCUCUGAGAUGGAAAAUGGGAUAGCAACUGCUGCUUCACUGAAAGCUGCCUGGAAAUGCAGCAGGUGAUCCCAGCACUGAUCCUUAGGUGCACAAGGCACUCUGAUCCUUUCUCUCUUUCUAAUAUCCAGCUUUAAUAUCCAGCCCUGAGCAGGGUUUGCUGUCACUGAUGGCUGUUUGUGCAAAUGAAUCAGCACAGCACAUCUGAUGUUUUGACUUCAGCCCUGUUUGACCCCUGUGUUCCUCAGCCAGGUCUUACACAGCAACUUUGAAUAAUGUCCUCUUAAAACCUGUGGUCAGAACUGUCCUGGGCUGGUUGUGCUGGUCCAGCCACCCUCAGUUAACAGCAGGCAGAUCAGCCUCAGAGAGCCCCAGCCACAUCUCACACAGGAGCUCAGUCCAAAGCUGCUAGAAGAACGUAGUAAAACAAAACAAAAAACAAUACAGUUGUGUUCUGAUGCAGAGCUACCUAGAUUAGAAAAAUCAUGUUGAAAUCCAAAGUAGUGAUAGAAAUACCCCAAAUUACCAGCUAAAUGAAAGUGUUUUGGGAUAUCUGUUCCUUCUUAUCAGGUUGGCCCAGCUGCACAAUUUCCCAUCUCCAAUUAUACCAAAAGGCCCACACUUCCUCCUUCAUUAAUGCUUUUGAAGGAUUUAAUGAGUUACUUCAUCAGGUUAAUAAAUCCCCUCAAUAAUUUUAUUACACUUUGAUACAGUUAUUCAAGAGGUACAGCUAACAAAUGAUCAUCAUUUAUAUUUCUUGACAGAAUAACUUAGUUAAUAAAUUUGGCCCAUGAAAUCCAGAAUUCAUAAAUAAACUAUGGGGAAAAUUGAGUGUCUGUGUGGAGGAGGGGUUUUUCCUAUCUCUGGUUAUGGUUCUAUUGGAAAUCCUCUGCUUCCUGUGCAAUAACUUCAGGCUGAGGAGAGCUGCAGGAGGUUGGUGCCUUUUGGCAAUGUCCUGCUUCCCACUGAGUGCUUAGGGGGAGUCCAGCUGCUGCAGCACAUGUGCCACUGGACAUAACCCAUAGUAAUUUGCUCCAGCACUCCCUCAGGUUUAAAAUCCAGCUUCAUCAAGGCUGUUCCAUUCCUGGAGGCUAAGCUCUUCAGCUGAUUUUGACCAGGUGCACUGACACCAUCAGAAAUAAGCAUUCUAUUCUGGAAAUUAUUUUAAAACUGAAUUGAAUUGGUUGCCAUGCCUUUUUUCUUUUCCUGUGGCAUUAUAGUAAAUGACAUCAUCAACAAAAUAACCUUAGGGGCAAGGGUGUUUUCAGAAUCUUAACCUCUGAAUGGCCAGCAGUAUUACAGCUUCCUAUUACCAGAUUAAUAAUAUUUAUGGUAGGUAGACUGCAAGAAUGGGAUCAUACUAUUUAUUUACUUACUGUUGAAAGCCACCUCUGGCAAGAACAAAUUUCCCAUUAAUCACCACCUUAUCUCUGUAAGAAAGAGUUACUCUCAAGGACAUCUGUAUUAUUCCCAUUGUUUUAUUAAUACAAGAAUAGCUCUGCUGUGGAUUUUUUGACAUUGAACUAUUUAUUUUCUAGAUUUUCUUUUUAAAGGGGAGCUCAAAUGCUUAAAUAAACAUUGAACUUUCUUAAUAAAUGAACUACUUAAUACUGCAAUUGCAGCAAUAAGAUCCCAAUAUUUCCCUGAAUAUAUUUUUAUGCAAAGAAACUGCAAAUCUGUAUUUUUUUUCUUCUUUUUUUUAUCAACUGACGCUCCAAUUAUGAAUUUUUAGUUUCUUCUGGGAGUGCAGAUGACCUUGUUAAGUUGUGAGAGCGCCAGAAAAAUGGUGCCUUCCAGUCCAGGGUGUCAGAGAAGUGAAGCCAAUUUCUAAGCUCAGGUCUUGUAAUAAAAAAUGCAUAUUUCUCUCUCCUUUCACAUAGGCUUUAGCCAGCAUUUGAAACAUUACCUACUGGGCUGCAGGAUGAUUUGUUUUUCUAAUUUUUCAAGAGCACUACAUUGUAUAUUUUCAACUUUAAAAAAGAAAUCAGUGUAGGCCCAGCAGAGGACAAUACCAGCAAAAUUCUCUUUCAUGUGAGAGAAGCAUUAGUGGAAAGCCUUCCACGAGCCUUAUGCAGUACCAGAAUGAGGUGGUUGUGCCAGUAGAAGGGGUAGCAAUUAAUGUUAAUUUGCUGUUUAAUUAGGUGUCCAGUACAGAACAAUGGUGAGACACCUGUGUGGGUGGGAGGAGACCCAGAUUGUCAGGUGGACACAGCCACUCCUGCCUCCCAAACUCAGGCACUGCUCCCACAGCAAUUACUCUGCAGCCUGUCAGAUGUGGUUUAGGCAGUGAUUUGUUUGCAGAGUGAAAGGUGUGCUUGCAAACAGAGUAAAGGGCUCUGUCCCUGUCCUGCCCCUGUCCUGCUGCUCAGCCCAAACCAUGGGCUGUGAGGAUGCUCUGGGGGCAGUGCCAGCCCUGCAGCUGGGUUUGCGUGGCUCCAGCAGCCAGCCCUGCUCAGCUGUGCCCUGCUGAGAGCUGGGACCCCCCUUGCCACAGCUGAGGCUGCCAACCCCUCACCCAGCAGUGAGAAACACCCCAGUGACAGGGGCUUCCUUCAGCACUGCCAAAAAACCCCACAGCAUUUCCAUCUUCCUGCAUUGAAAUGUUUGAGUUAAUAACAUUUAUGGGGCAGCAUGGGAAAAUGAACUUAAAUACAUCAUUUGUCAUCUCAGGAUACUGAAUUACACCAUUACUGAAAGGGAUACAGAGAAAUGUGUCCAAUAAACAGAGCAUAGUUUGCACAAUUUGCUUUGCAUUUCCCACAUCCUGCAACAAGAACAGGGCAGUCAGGCUCCUUAAUGAUCAUAAUGUAUGUACAGAAAGAGCAGCUCCCCGAGGGCUCCUGAUUAAUCAGGAAAAUGCUCAUUUGUUCUGGCAGAAGUGAUGUGCAUCUAGGCAGGGCAAAUGAUGAACCCUAAGUGCACACAUCAGCCAUCGAGGCCCAAAAGUUUCCAUUCACUGAACUCAUUUUCUCUCUAAGAAAUAACACUCCACGUCUCAGCACUUGUUCCUGUCCCAGUUCCAUUAGGGUUUGGUCUGACAAAGGCAGAAAGAGGCCCCGCAUCCAUUUCAGAGACUCUGGAUGCAUUGAGCUCCCAAAUGAAGUCAUUUCUGCUGCUUGCUCAGAUACCCCGUUCAGGGGAGGACACGAGGCCUCAGCUGCUGGGUCUGAUCACUCUGCAAGAGACUUGGGAACAAGUUGGAAGAUUUAAAGGAUUUUUCACCAGCUGAUCUAAAUCCCUGCCUGUUUUUUAGUCCCCAAGAAGCUGCUCACUGAUUGCAAUCCUUCCUCCACUCCAUCAGAGCCAUAUUAAUUCUGUGGUUUGGCACAGCUGUUGCCAUCUAGAAGUUUGCAGUGUGGCAUUUGAAAUCUUUAUUUCAGAUUUUGUUUUCUAUUCUGAGUUGGAAGUUUGCUAGUAAUGAGGUGAAUCCUCUGUGCCUGACACGUAUUUCCCUUGGUGUUCAUUUUGAAAUUAGCCACAGAAAGGACAAACUAAAAGCAGAUGUGUCAUAUUUUUCCUCUGUGUGUUUGGAAGCUCACUCAUGGAAAUAUCUUUGUCAGAUAAAUGAAUUCCAGGUUACUGGGAUAAACAGAUGCAAUAAAAUACUCAUGUGUAGGAGAAACCCUUACAAAAAUGUGAUCCAACAACUCUUCAAGGAAAUUGCCAUGUAAGAGAUCCAGCUUUGAGGCUUACCUCAGGCCUUUGCAUAACAUGAUAGUUUGUACUUUAAACUGGAGAAAAUGUGAUGGGAUCUUUUGAUAUUUUUCCUCUUGCUUUUUCAAUUUCAUGGGAUCAGCAGAAAGGGAAGGGAACCAAAGCUGAACUAAUUCUGUGCUUCUGCCUCCACCACUGCCUGAGCACAUGGCAGAGAUUGCUUGGUGGAGAAUUGAGUAUCUGCUACCCUUCUUAUGGGCAUCUCACAAUUGCCAGAAAAUGUGGAUUUUGGACUUGUUUUCAGCAUAACAUGAGAAAGAGGAAAACCAGAAAUAAAUGAGAAGGCUGAAAUAUAAUCAAAAACCAGUAGUUAUUUAGUUUGGCUACUGAUUUAUUAAUGUAUUAUAGUUAAGCACUGAGGAAUAAACCCUCACUUAAAAAUGUUCGUCAGCUCUAGGCAGGAUUAUUUACAGGAAAUAAAAACAGUUAAAGAAUUAGAAUGAAAUCCUGCACAUAUUGAGUCAACAGAACUGCUGCCACCGACCUCAUUAGGCCAGGUUUUAGCCCCAGAUAUCUACAAAGAACCACAAUGCUCUUGCAGUGUAACUGGCAGAUUAAUAUCUGACAACACCAGUUUAUCUUUCCCUACAGAAUCCUUAAUUUUUAUGCAGCCAGCCUAAAAACUUUGCUCCACAAGUUUGUGUUUGAGUGCAAACCAGACAAUAUUCCCUGCCCCUUUCAGGCUGUUUGCUCACUGUCACCAUUCCCAUUUGGCUUAAGCACCUCCUGAAAUUAUUAUUUUGCCUCCAUGUCCCUUACAAGAAUAUUUUUCCUCUGAGGUAUCUGCUUUCUCAGCAGCAAUUUUAAGGCAUUUCAGGCUACAGAAGAAAUAUAAAAUAAACCCUGUGCUCAGAUAUAUCAUAAAGAACAUGAUCCUUUAACCCUGUCCUUGGAAAACCCAUCAGCAUUUGCUGUACUUCAGUGAUUCUCCAUAUGCUUUUGCAAGGAACAUUUUGCACCUGCCAGCACAACACAGGACAGGCAGCAGCAUUGCAGGAGGAAACAUUAACUAAUUUACACAAAGCCUUAGGUGGUCCAUUAGCCCUUCAUAAAAACAGGAAUGUGUAAUUACUGCAUCCACGGACAGAAUUAAAUGUGAUGGACUACAAAGAAGCAAUGAGCGAAACAAUUAACAACAAAGCCCAAGUAAACUGCUCUGAUGAGGAGCCAUGGCCUGGCUGAAUGGGUCUGACAGCUCAGGUUUCCCUCUGCUGUCCCCAGGGAUGUGCCCACUCCAAACUUUUCGCUCAGUGCAGACAGGUGAGCUCCUGUCAGAGUCACUGCACCUGCUGAUCUAUUGCAGGUCGUGUAAGGUACAACCAACAGCCAAAUAAGCUGCUCAGCACAGGAGUACCCUUCUAGCAUCAUUAACUCCAUCAAUCCAUUCUUUCUCCUGUGUCUCUGGACAAAUGGUUGCUCCUCCAAGCCUGAUGCCAUUUUAGGAGGAUGCAGCUCAGUGGAGCACCACUGCCAAGGGGGCAAUGCAGCAGAUGCUGUCCCAAAAGCCUGAUGGAAAAGCUGCUCCACAGGCUUCAGUUCAUUAAGGUAAUUGCAACUGCUCUGUGACACGGUGCACAGUUACAUUUGGGAUGGCAAAAUCCAUCCAGAAGAAAAGCAAAUCCCCCCUGCAGCCCUCCAGCCACGCAGGUUAAUUGUGAGUACUUUGCAGUGCCUGUGGUGAGGCAGGAGCCUGGGGGGCUCUGUCACAGCUUCCGUCCAUAAUUUGAUUUAAUGCCCUCCAUGAACAAUUGCAUCUCCGUGCUUGUAAUAAGGAAAUGUCAUAA